CACGAAAACAGCAACCAUGUCCACUGUCGCACCCGCCUUCCCACUCAACCCUACCACCACCACCGAGAAUGCAGCCACCGCCGCCCUCAUCUCCGCCCUCAACAUGACGGCGCACCCCGAGGGUGGUUAUUUCGUUGAGACGGAUCGCGAUUCGUUGCGCGUGCCGAACCCUUUGAAGGACUCUUCCGGCGAUACCCGUUCUGCAAGCACGACAAUCUUCUACCUCCUCACCGCGCAGCGCAGUGUGGGAAGGUGGCACAGGAACAAGGCGAGGACGGUGCAUACGCUGCAUAAAGGGCGGGGACGGUAUGUUAUUAUUCAUGCGGACGAGGUGGGCGAGGGGAAAACAGGCAGGGCGAGGGUUGAGACGUUUGUUGUGGGCCAGGACGUGAGUAAGGGGGAACGUCUGCAGUGGAUUGUGGAGGGGGGAAAGUAUAAGACCAGUUUUUUGUUGCCAGAUGAGGAGACGGGAGAGGAGAGUAAGGAGGGGCUGCUUAUAAGUGAGACGGUUGUUCCUGGGUUUGAGUUUGAGGAUCAUGACUUCUUGAGGCCGGAGAGACUGCGGCAGCUUGUGACUCCGGAGCAGGCAGAGGAGCUUGCGUGGAUGUUGAGGAAGGAAUGAGUGGUGAAUGCAAGGGAAGCAUGUUGACUGAAGCUGCAUUGUUCUAUAUUUGCAAACAGAGCGGCAUCUCUCGCGCGGUUAAAAUCAAUGGAGAUAUAAAAUAAAAUAAAUCGAGGGCAGCUCAUUGGCAGG